AUGAUCCAGUCGAAGAUGGGAUACCGUCCUCAACGUAGAGCACCAGAGCGCGAUGCCCGCGGCAGUACCACUGCCCGACACCCUCUGCGUCCUUCAAAGUACAGGACCCAGCCUUGUCGAAAUUAUCCACUGGGAAACUGCAGGUUCGGUGACCGCUGCUCGUACCUGCACAUCAUCCCCUCCCAUUAUCCGCAAGCGACGGCUCUCUCUAUGCCAUUGGCGUACCCUCCUUACGGAGUGUACUACGAGCCAGACCAUGCAGUUGAGCCCGAGUCCUCCCAGACCCACUCUUGCUUCUCUUCCCCGAGCCCAGAGAGGCCCGGGAGACUCGACUCUGCGUCCGAUAUAUCCAGUGCGGACGAAUUUCUCACGUUCUCCGCGUUCGACUUCACGGAGAAGACGCCUCCGCCCCCGCCAGGCACUCCUAAUUUCGUUGAUACGGCUGAUUUGUCGUGGGAAUUUAUACCAGAACCCACGUCUGCGAGCACCGUGUCAACCAUCUUAUCCCCGAUUGAACAUAAGCCUCGCCACUCGUUGGCGCACAGGAGUCUAUUCUAUAAGACCAAGCCAUGCAAAUUCUACCAUGAGAAUGGCUUGUGCAUCAAAGGGGACCAGUGCAGUUUCAUACACGAUACCGCUGCAGAGAGGACAGACCAUGCGUUCGCUGAGGACGUGGCCUCUACAGAUGCCAAAGGUCCUGACCGUACGCAGCACAGACUUCCGUCCAAGUCUGUCAUCAGAAGGGAAGAAAAUCACGAGAGGAAUUUCUUCCCUGUGACAUGGCGAGUCAUCGGUGGUGGGGUAAUGAUGAGCGGCAAAAGAGAGAUUUGCAGCGAUUUCAUGGCCGGCCAUUGUGGAGAAGGUGAUGACUGCAAAUAUGCGCAUCUGGAGAAUUACGGUCAGGCACGGAACUCGCUUACAGAACACUCUCAUCCUGCACCCCAUAACGCAUUUGCUCUUUCACCAACUCUGUCCGAAGACUUUGUGUAUCCAUCUGUACCCCUCUUUCCUCCCAUAUCUAUCGAAAGUGCACCUCGCCCGAAGAGAGUCAGGAAACUCACCAUCCUCAAGACUACUCAGCAUGGCGAGGAGGGAUAUUCAUCUCACAGAGUCUUCGACGGUGACACUCUGCUUGAGCGAGAUGCCACUCCGUAUAAGGAAACCACGGUGACGCAGGACAGUGCAGUGCUAUCUGCGAGAUUGUUGGUUAGACCUAUGUCAACGCCGCCCACCCCAGUCUCUCGGGGCAGUUCCAUGGUCAGGUUGUUCUCUGCUGAGAUGCCAUGA